GUUCGUGCCCGGCUGCCGAGCGCGUCGGUCGUUAUUGAAACGCUAGACCGCAUCGCUGUGUUACGAAAAAAACAUAUUUUGUAUCAUAACCAAACUAGUGUUGUGGAUACAUUUAUAGUGCCCGUGAGAUAGUGCCAUUUAGUAUUGUGAUGUUUCGUGUCUCUGAUGUUAUAGUGUCGGAUUUCUCUUAAAUAGUGUGGGACGGGUUUCUCCUGCUGCCGCCGGACGCCUUUUCUCUCGGAACUCGGGAUAUCAUUAAGAUGUCACCACAAGAUGACGCGAAGAUUUGACUAACAAAAUCUGCAGCAACCACAACACCAUGACAGGAAAACAUGAAGAGCCUUUGGAAAAGGCGAAGUCUACUAAACGAAAAAGCCUUCUAGACCUGAAAUCCCUUCUGGAAGACAGAGGAGGAACGGCCAGAUCCAAAAAUGUCUAUACCUUUAGCAAUAAUAAUUUAGACAUUAAGUAUAGUGUUACUAGUUGUGACAGCAAUAUGGGGUGUAGAAUUAGUAGACUUACAACUUUUAUGUGUUUAGUGUUUGUGGCCAUAUUCGUUGAUACCAGGUUGUUGGCGGAAGCGAGGAGUUCAGAACCACGGUACGAGACAGCUUAUGCCUGUGAGGGUAAGACUCUAAAGAUCGGAUGCAGUGAGGGGUCUGUCAUUCACCUCAUCAGAGCCAAUUAUGGAAGAUUCUCCAUCACCAUUUGCAACGACCAUGGCAACACUGACUGGAGUGUCAACUGUAUGAGUACGAGGAGUUUACGGGUUUUACAUAGCAGAUGCAGUAUGCACCAAAACUGUAGUAUAUUAGCCAGCACAAAUAUGUUCGGAGACCCGUGUCCGAACACACUCAAAUAUUUGGAAGCUCACUACCAAUGCGUACCAGCUUCCACAACAAGUACGACUACAAGGCCAUCACCACCUUGGUUGAUUACAUCACAACCAACAGUAUGGCGGUCAACAGCCCCACCAGUGCCUAAGAGUCCAGUGCUAACCCAACAAGAGAAGAAGAAACCCACGGUUAUAACACCACCAACAUUCAGACCUCAUAUAACAUUACCACCAGAAGUUCAACUCGGAAAUGUCGGAACUAAGAAACCAACUACGCGACAACCGGAUUCAUCAUCAGAAAAGGAACCUCCCCAAACCGUAGAGAAAAUACCAGAAGUCAUCGAAGAGACCAAAGUCGAGGAACCAGAGAUUCCCAAAGAAGAAAAGCCGAAAGAAAAAGAUGAAGAAAUAUCUGCAGUUACCGACGAAGUAGUACACUGGGCCCCUGAUUCUGACUCCACGUCAUCAGUACACAUUCCUCCUAAAGAGAACCGCCCAUCGGAACCUGAUGUGAUCGACGAAUUCGACAAAACAUUCUCUACCAUCUCGACCCCAAUAGGCAGACGUGCCUAUUGUCCGCAAACCAAUGCGCGAGGGUUGCAUUGGAACUGGACCUUAGCCGGAUCCUACGCUGUACAACCCUGUCCUGGUGGAGCAACUGGUUUAGCUAGAUGGAAAUGCACACUGACAUCCCACAUCGAGGAAGAACGCCCAAAACGCCCUCGCCCAGGUCUUCAAUCAGGAGAAAAUUACCACGAUCUGGGUCUAGACCCUCCUAGUGACAGACAGAUGCAACUUAUAAGGAGAUUAGGAUCGGAAGCUUUGUUAAAAGGUCGUGACGGUGACAGUCCAGAACAUAUGAUAGACUAUCGAGGGUCAGCCAGUCCGUCAGAUCAGCAAGAUAAUGUUGACAUCGUAUCGAAUAACGAUUUAAUGUACUCAUCCGGCUCUCCCAGUUGGCACGGCCACGCUCCUGAUCUAUCUGAAUGUCGCUCCGUGUGGCUCAACAGUCUUGAGGCUAGGGUCCGAGAGGGAGAAUCUCUACUAAGUAUCAGCAACGACCUAGCACAGGUGACGUCAUCAAAAACUUUAUAUGGCGGUGACAUGAUGACAACUACUAGCAUAAUGAAGAAGCUUGCCCAGCGUAUGUCCCAGAACGUACAGACAUUCCCCGAUCCAAGGCAAAAGGAAGCUAUUGUUACUGAUAUGCUGCUCGGAGUUAUUAAAACCGGUUCAAAUCUUCUAGAAGAAAGUCAAAGAGCGUCCUGGUCGGACUUGAGUGCGGAUGCUCAGAAUAGAGUUGCAAGCGCUCUAUUGACUCAAUUGGAAGAAAAUGCAUUUCUACUUGCCGAUGCUGUUACAAAAGAGAAGACUAUAUUGCAAAUUGUCAAAAACAUUUGUCUUUCGGUGAGAAUACUUGAAGUCAAGAAUGUAGAAGAUGAGACGUUCCCGUCAGCGAUAGCUCAGGAACAAUGGAAGGCUUCAGAGGACACUAUCACCAUACCCAAACUUGCGUUACUUGACAACCAUCCCAUAGACCUGGUCCGUAUAGUGUUCUUCGCGUUUGAUCGUCUAGAAGAGAUUCUUCCUCCAACGUUUGGGAAGAGUCCACAGUUCGCAGCUUACUCCACAGAUGGCACCACAAGCAUUAACUCAGAAAAGGAAAAGAAAAAUGUCACACGAGUUUUAAACUCUAAGGUGAUCUCAGCCAGCCUCGGGAAUGGCAGACACAUACAGCUGUCCCAGAUGGUGCGAUUGACAAUGAAGCAUUUGAAAAUUGAGAAUGUUACAAAUCCCGUCUGUGUAUUUUGGGACUACACAUUACACGGUUGGUCAUCCGAGGGUUGUCACGUCGAAUGGUCGAAUACCACUCACACAGGCUGUGCUUGUUCUCAUCUCACCAACUUCGCGGUCCUUAUGGACGUUCGAGGAGUGGUACCGCUCUCUCACGAGCUACCACUCAGGUUGAUUACGAUGGUAGGUUGUGGGGUGUCAUCUGUGGCGCUGAUCGCGGCUAUAGCUGUCUUCCACUGCGUCAGGAAUAUGAAGUCGGAGCGUGUGUUGAUUCACAAACACCUGUGCUUUUGCCUGUUGGCUGGUGAACUGGUGCUGAUGCUGGGUCUUGAAUCUACAUCUCACAGAGUUCUCUGUGGACUGGUCGCUGGCGCACUUCACUACUUCUUUUUGGCAGCUUUCGCUUGGAUGUUCCUAGAAGGCUUCCACCUCUACGCGAUGUUGGUAGAAGUCUUUGAGCCAGAGAGGCCUCGUAUAUUUUGGUACUAUACGGGGGCAUACUUGUCCCCGGCCGUCAUAGUACUUGUGUCGGCCUCAAUUUACCCCACAGGGUACGGAACCCAACAUCACUGCUGGUUAACGACUGAUAGAAUGUUGAUAAUGAGCUUCGUGGGACCCGUCAUCGUCGUGCUUGUGGCGAAUUGGAUCUGUCUAGGGAUGGUCAUCAACAGGAUGUGUCGCCACACUAAUGUAUCCAUCAAAUCAAAAGACAACUCUAAUUUAUACAAGUUCAAGGUGUGGCUUAAAAGCUCGAUAAUGUUGGCCGUGAUCCUCGGUUUGACUUGGACUUUCGGCUUACUGUAUCUCAACGAGCAGACUACUAUAUUCGCGUACGUGUUCACGAUACUGAACUCCCUCCAAGGACUCUUCAUAUUCAUAUUCCACUGUCUGAAGAAUGAAACUUUCCGGUCUCAGUGCGGGCGAGUGUGUCGUCGUCACCCGUGGCUGUCUCGAUGCUUCCAGCUAGAACCAACUUCUCACGACACGAGGCAGGGCUCACUCAAAAGUCGUCGCUACCAACCCGACGAUGACGCGCUGGACCCGAGAGAUGUCACGAGCUACAACUUACAACCGGAGGCGUCUCGAUGGAAUAUUCGUCCGACAGCGCCAUUAUAUGUUCCAAACGGGAACGAAGACAUAAGGAACGUUCGGGCACCGACGCCCCAAAACAUACCUCAUAGUUCCUCACACUCACACAGCAUCGCAUCGAUGCAUAGCUACAGAAACAAUAUAGAAGUGCCCAACGAUUACCAGAACCUUCGAUCGCGGUCGCCAUCUUGUUAUUCCAACAAAAUGGCGGCGUCGAUUGGCGCGAACGACUGGGCGCUAAUGGCGAAUACAAGCAAUGUCUGGAAGAACACCUCUUCUAAACAUCACCCAGUGAACGCGGCCACGUUACCUCAUCACGAUACAUUGUCUCGUCAAUUGGCCCAACAGAAUCAUCUGCACAACGCGUAUACUGAGUGUGAAGGUCAAAUCGCACCAGGAUCCCCUCGGCACAUCAUUAAAGAUGAAGAAUCCCCUCUCCAUCACCAAGGAUACCAAACCACCAGGAGUUACAACCACGACUUCAGGAACCCACACGUGUUUAUGUCCCAACACUCCCCCGGCAGCCAGGAAAUGAUAUUCAGGAAACACUACAAGGAUGAAAACAGGCGGAAACAUCAUCACCACGGAAGUCAGAACGUCAACCACACAUACUCCGAGAUAGCGUCGCAACAAGGAAGAAUAUACAGACGAGGAUCCGAAGAAUUCAGGGUGAUACAGGACGACCCCGUUUACGAAGAAAUAGAAAGGAACGAGACGCUCAUGUCGGAUAUGUCCGACGACAACUCCGGCCCGGACAACUGCAGACAGAACCCCGGCCACCACGGGUCCACGAGCUCCAAAUUUUUCGGGGACCAUCGCCCUCUGAUAUCGUACAGCCCCGGCGAAAGGCACCACCACGAAACCGAGCAUUACGGGAAAUACGGCAAAUGGGACGCCAUGGAACGGCCAUACGACCCGCGACACGCGUACGAAAGCGGAAGACUGAUGCAUUAUCAGCCCCAGGAGAACAUGAGGGCCUUAGCCGCUGUACUUAACGGCGAAAACAACGUCGUGUGCCACCUCGAGCCGCACAACUCCUACGAUGUCUAUCAACCGCAGACCGGCAACCAGAGGACUGUGUCGCAACCCAGUUUCUGAACGAGCACCUGUCGGUUCGCCAGUGAUAGUGACUCUAACGUAAUGUACAGUAUAGGCAAAUAAUUUUUCUAUGAACUUAGAGUUUUUAGUGUCACGAGCGAGUGAUAGCGCUGUAGAAACUUGCCAUAACGUGGACUUUAUAACAUGUAUUUAUAGUUUAGAUGUAAAUGUAAGUUUAAAUCACUUUUUCCACUGUGAUCCUAUUUAAAUAUAACGGCUCAAGUUUCAGUGUUUCGACCGUUCGUUUCAUUCGUGACGCCGUACACGGUACUGUACAUAAUUAGCGUUUAGAAAUAGACUACUUCCUGUGUGACCUUACUAUACUAUCGGAAUUCUGUCGGAAACAUGGCGUUCAAAAAAAAAAUAAAAAAUAUUUUAUUAUUAGGUUUAAAAUAACUGUGAUGUUUAAUUUUUAUAUUAGGUUCUUUUAUUUCCAUCGACACUGCCAUUAAAUUCAUGCGUGCUUUUUUUUUAUCUUUCUAUGGAAUACAGUAAUCCAUCCAAGUUAAUAUAGACUGAAUCCACUCUACGCACGAUCUUCUAGGUGAUAGAUUUUUAAUAAAAAAAAAAACCUUUUUCCGUUCUUCGUUUCACUAACAUUAUGCCAUGAACUAUAUUUGUACGGAACGAAAGGAAUUGUUUUAUUAGACUCGAUACAGGUACAUAGAAUGUUUUCGUGUAUAUUUUGGAUCGACUAAGCAAUAUAUUAGACUGAAGUGUUCGAAAUGUUGGCUUUUAUUCGUAACGAUAUAAUUUAUAUAUAUAUUAGCGCCAACGUUUAUGUAAUACUUUUAGAUGGAAUGUAAAAAAAAAUAAAAUAAUAAUAAUCGGGAGGUUUAUUUUUUGUAUUUGGGUAAACUAGUCCAACUUGCUCCCGCUGUCUUAACUAAAUGUUAUUGUAAAUGGGUCUUGUGUAUUUUCUGUUAUAUAUAUAUAAUUUUUUUUUUUUUUGUUUUUUGAUUGUAUUUUAAUAACGUUGAGUAUAUUAAUGUAAAGUAGGACGAACAGAAUGUGUAAAUAAUUUAAAGUUUAUAUAUAAAUAAAUAGUGUCUGUUCUGUGAGAGCAGCCGCGAAAUACUGA